GACGGACGCAGCGCGGACGACGCCUCCCACCCUGCGCCACCUCCUGCCGCGACCCUGCGCGAUGCUCAGGCCUCUCGCCCAAUCCCUGCCCGGCCCUGGUCCCAAGGGUGACUCGGUCCCCGUACCGGUGGCCUCGUCCUCGGGGACCCUCCAGGGUCCAGGUCUUGCUUCCUCCACCCCGGAGCCACAGAAAGUGUGAGGUCUGCAGUUCCAGGACAAGCUGCAGAGCUCGGCAUGGAGGCCCUUGUUUGACACCAGUAUAUUUUGGGGGCACCAAUGGCCAAGUGGCUCCGAGACUAUUUGAACUUGGGCAGCCGGAGGCCCCCUCCGCAGCCGCCCACCCCCGACUACACUGAGAGUGACAUCCUGCGGGCCUACCGCGAACAGAAGAACCUGGACUUCGAGGACCCCUAUGAGGAUUCCAAUGGCCGCCCCGAGCCAGAGAUCACCGGGUCCGGCGACCCCAAGUACAAUUCUCCCAGGCACCGGCUGAUCAAGGUGGAAGCUGCCGACAUGGCCAGGGCCAAGGCCCUGCUGGACAGCCCGGCGGAAGAGCAGCUGGAAGCAGACACUGAGUACUCAGACCCUUUUGAUGCCCAGCCUCAGCCACCAGCCCCCAACAAUGGGUACAUGGAGCCCUAUGAUUCCUGGAACGUCUCCAGUGAACAGCCAAGCAGAGCUGUCCAGCUUUAUGAUACUCCAUAUGAGGAACAGGAUACAAAACCAGAAGAUGGAGGGUCUUCAGGCCAGAGCUGGAGGCCCCUGGAGGAUGAGAGGCCAGAAGAUGAAUAUGACCAACCUUGGGAAUGGAAGAAAGAUCACAUCUCCAGAGCUUUCGCAGUGCAAUUUGAUGGUCCUGACUGGGAACGGACUCCACGCUCCACCAAGGAGCCCUGGAGACCACAGCCUUCAGAGCGCGUGGAUACAGCCCUGGCCCUGGAGAAGCAGCCGUGGUUUCAUGGACCCCUAAGCCGAGCAGAGGCUGAGAACCUUCUAUCUCUCUGCAAGGAAGGCAGCUACCUCGUGCGGCUCAGCGAGACCAGAGCUCAGGACUGCAUUCUGUCUCUCAGAAGCAACCAGGGUUCCAUGCACCUGAAAUUCGCGAGGACCCGGGAGAACCAGGUGGUACUAGGACAGCACAGUGGGCCCUUCCCCAGCGUGCCUGAGCUGGUCCUGCAUUACAGUGCCCGCCCACUGCCUGUGCAAGGUGUAGAGCACCUGGCCCUGCUCUAUCCUGUCACCAGCAGCCAGAGCUCUCAAGGACCCUGCACACUGGCUGCUAGGCCAGAGAGGGGACAGGGGGGCCCGUGACACACAGACUUCCUCCAAGCCACAUUUAAUGCCCUCUGGUGGGAUGCUACAGAUCAGGGCCUGUGAGCAUGCUUGGCAGUGAAGAAAGCCGCUACUGCCAGGCCUGCUGGGUUCAACCCCAGGAAUCCACAGAGUGGCAGCCAGGAGCUACAUGUUGUCCUCUGAUUUACAAACAAGUCACAUACCAUAAAUUAAUAAAUAAAUGUAAUAAAAGUUAAUCUUAAAA